AUGCUGUCAGUCUGUGCUUCUGCGAGAAGAUAGCGGAGAUAAGCUGGGGGACGUACUGCAGGCGUCGCAUGCUGCCUUCUUGCACAUGUUGGCGAUAAGUGACGAACUUUGGGUGGUAGUGACAGCGGAUGAUGCAAGAGUCUUGUGCAGCGCCGGAUCGAAGGGUUGAGUCGAAAACGUAUGCCCGUAAGCAAAGUCAAGCCACUUGGUUGUUGUCCUUUGUUUUGCGCGGGAAUGAAGGUCUAUUCCAAGAUGUGUGCAAAAAGCACCAAAGCGUAUGCGGUCAAAGUCUGAUGGGAAAAGGGCUUCCGAAACAGCGUCCUCGAUAUUAUUAUAUGAGCAGUAGCGUGUCUUCACCAUAUAUAUUAAACCCCUCUGCGUCCUCGCCGUCUCGGACCUUGGACGAAGGAUUCGCAGUUUCGUGUUCGCAGGCCCAUACAGUCAGCAGUCGGCGAUGUGGUAGUCGGCGACCACAUCCGGAAGUAUUCCAAGACCAAUCAAAUCGCCACUGGACACCUUGCCGCACGCUGCGAACCCACACUCUCCCCGAGGUCGCCUUAGCGGAGGCGUCAAAGACCACGCCCAUCCCAGCCAGAGCGUCUACAUGCACGAGAAACCCGCGUGGGGACAGCUUGGCUGCGGGAACGGCGUGGUCGGGCUGUCACUGAUGCGCUGCUACUGCCAUUUAGUGACGAUGGACGUGCCCUCAAAGCGCGCCUAAAGCGAGGUAAAGAGCGGUAAGGGUAUUGGAUGGGAGCAGAGGUGAACUGUUAGAGGGUGCAGGCUGGGUGGAGCGGCUUGGUGCAUUUUUGGUGUGUUCCUGCUACCAGAGGAGUGGGAACGCACCAAAAGUGGAUUUGGAAUGGCCAGACUGCCUGCAGAUGGGCCCGCGCCUUGGAGGCUGAACAGCCGGCGUUCGGGCGCUCACGAUGCAGGCAGUGUGUAAACGGCGAUUAUCUGGGGUCGCACAGGCCUCACUCUACACGAAUCGUACGAGCAUGA